UUUAUGGUACAUUUUUUCCUUAAUAAUUCUGAUAUGAUAAAAAUAGAAUUGUUAUAAAAUAACAAAAUUCCAAAAGUUAAAGAUUUAAAAGCUAUUCUGACACAUUUGGGGUUUUUUGCAUAAUAUGUUGCAUACUUUGUUUGAAGAGAAGAUGAGGAUACAAAAACAAGUUGAGAACAAAGAAGAUCAAGGACUGCUGACUGUCACAAUGAAUCUCCACCCUGACCUCAACUCCAAUGAACAACUGUGGGUGGUGGAAACGUUUUGUUAAAGGCGUGGUGUCAUGCGAUCGUCGUAUUAAUAUAUAGCCCAACCUUUUUCUAUUUCUGGCAUCAUUUCUCUUUGUUGACAAGCUGCUGAUAGCCACCAGCAGUCAUAACUGUAAUCAGCCAUAUAAGAACUAUUCUCUGACAUAGAUGGAUAUAUAACUGACAGGUGAUUAUACCUCAGUUUUUGCAACAGACACCAACACAGUUAAGAUGAAGUUGCUGCUUGUUGUUGCUGCUGUUCUGGCUGUAGUCAGGUGUGCCAGCUUCUCUCUGGAAGAUCUGGAGUUUCACGCUUGGAAACUCAAGUUUGAAAAAUCCUAUGACUCUCCAUCAGAGGAGGCUCAUCGGAAGCAGAUCUGGCUCAGCAACCGUAAACUUGUGCUAAUGCACAACAUCUUGACCGAUCAGGGAUUGAAGUCCUACCGCCUUGGUAUGACCUACUUUGCUAACAUGGAAAACGAAGAGUACAAACAGCUGGUUUCCCAGGGCUGCCUUGGCUCCUUCAAUGGUUCUCUGUCUCGCCGUGGCUCCACCUUCGCUCAGCUGCCUGAAGGCACAGCUCUGCCCAACACUGUUGACUGGAGGGAUAAGGGAUAUGUCACUGAAGUCAAGGAUCAGAAACAGUGUGGCUCCUGCUGGGCCUUCAGUGCAACUGGUGCACUGGAGGGUCAGCACUUCAGGAAGACAGGAACGCUAGUGUCUCUGAGUGAGCAACAGUUGGUCGACUGCUCUUCCAACUUUGGUAACAGUGGUUGCAUGGGAGGCUGGAUGGACUUUGCCUUUAAGUACAUCAAAUACAAUAGAGGUAUUGACACCGAGGAGUUCUACCCUUAUGAGGCUAAGAAUGGACUAUGCCGUUACAAGCGUGAUUCUAUUGGUGCCACAUGUUCCGGCUAUAUUAUUGUUAAACGCUUUGAAGAACAAGCCCUGAAGGAGGCUGUGGCCACCGUUGGACCGAUAUCUGUAACUAUUGAUGCAUCUCGGCCAUCGUUCCAACUCUAUGAAUCAGGAGUAUAUUAUGAUGACGGAUGUGGAAGCAUAUUCUUGAACCAUGCUGUGCUGGCUGUGGGUUAUGGGACUGAGAAUGGACAUGACUACUGGCUGGUCAAGAACAGCUGGGGUCUUGGAUGGGGUGAGAAGGGAUACAUUAGGAUGAGCAGGAACAAGAAAAACCAGUGUGGGAUUGCUUCUGUAGCAAGAUACCCUCUAGUCUGAAGAGGUGGGAGUAAACACACUCUCAUUUUUUCCUUCUGGUUUGACAAAAAUGUACUUAAAAUGGCAUUUAGACAUAAUAUACCUCUGGUGGUCUGCACAGAUUAACCUAAAACAUGUGGCAUUCUACAAUUUGUAAAUUCUUUUUUUAGUUAAUUAAAGUUAAAAAAAAAACUAAUAGUUUGCUUAUGGAUUCAAGAGCCUUACUUUUUCCUGGUUGGUGGUUAAUUAAAUAACUA